AUGUAUCUUACCACAAGUAUAUCUAAAGUCAUUGUAAAUAGUCGUUAUGACAAUCCAUUCCAACUUGGUUCUAGUACAGUUGAUUGGUGUGAACCGAACUAUGUUAUUAGUGAAUAUAUUGCUGAGUUUUGGAAUACAGUAUCCAAUAUCUUCUUUUUUUUGGUUCCACCAUUUAUGAUUAUUCUUUUCCGUCCAUAUUCGAAACGAGUAGCAAAUGGGAUAGGAAUUCUUUGGAUUAUAUUGAUUAUCAUUGGUGCUGGUUCUGUUUAUUUUCAUGCUACACUUAGUCUUGCUGGACAAUUAGUUGAUGAAAUAUCAAUUCUUUGGGUACUUGCUCUUGGUUAUGCAUUGUUUUUGCCUGCUGCCUAUUUACCACAAUCAUUUCGUGUUCAACGACAUCGUUUUGUCUACAGUUGUAUUAUUUUUGCUUCGAUAAUUACUGGCUGUUCGUUUGUUUAUCCAUAUGCGAAUGCUUUUGCUCUCAUGGCUCUUGGUUUACCUGCAAUAUUCUUUAUUGUUCUUCAUCUUUUACGAUCUGAAAGUACACGUAUAAAAAGUCUUGGUAUUCAUUGUUUUGCUAUGUGGGUUAUUGCAGUUACAAUAUGGAUCAGUGAUCGAAUGUUUUGUUCCUAUUGGCUGUCGAUAUCAUUUCCUUAUUUACAUUCUAUAUGGCAUUUAUUAAUUUUAUUUAGUAGUAAUCAAGGUAUUGUUAUUUGUGGUUAUUUAACAAUAAAACAACAGAACCCUCAAGUAAAUCUUCAUUUACAUUAUUGGCCUAAUGAACAAUGGAAAUGGCUCUCCUUACCCUAUUUGAAGUUUCAUGAUGAGGAUAAUGAUAAUUUAUCAACAAAAUCAAUUAUUUAA